AUUUUUCUCACCAGAGUUACCAAAGUCAUCCACAUGAUUACAGUUGGAUUGUGACAGAGUAAUAAUACGGGUGUAAUUUCUGUUUUAGAACUCAGGAUGCAGGAUAAAAAUCAAAAAUCCAAAGAUUCACUUCAUCCUUUAUUACAAAUAUUGAAGAAAAUUGAUGUAGAAUUAAGUAAUAGUUUGAGUUUAUCUGCUACUCCAACUUCUCCAUUGGGUCAACUUCGUCCCUAUAUGAAAUGGCUAGAAAUAUCAUGUCAUGGAGUGCCAUGGUUGGGAGGAUGUUUGGUGUGCAUCUGGUUGUCGUCCAAUCCUGAAACAAAAAGCUUUUUCCUGAAUUUAUUCCUGGGUCUGGUGCUGGAUAUCAUGCUUGUAGCAAUACUGAAAGCUAGUAUUCGAAGAAAGAGACCUACAAGUAACACAAUGGACAUGUUUAUGACUGUUUCAAUUGACAAGUUAUCCUGUCCAUCUGGACACACGUCUCGAGCUAUAUUUUUAGGAUAUAUUUUUACACACGAAUGCGCUCUUUGGUUACCAUUUACAGUUAUCAUUGUAGCUUGGUGCAUAGCUGUAUGUAUUUCACGAGUGCUAUUAGGUCGGCAUCAUGUGGGAGAUAUGCUCUUUGGAGUUGUUUUGGGUUAUAUUGAAUAUAAUUUUUUGUCUUGGAUAUGGCUGAAUUCAGAAAGUGCACAGUACUUCCUAGGUUUCUUCUCAAGUGAUUUGUAUGAUAUGGAAUGAUUGUUAAACAAUUAUUAAAUUUUGUUACAUAUAGCAAGCUAUGUGAAUUUCCCAUAGCAAGCUGUGGGAAAUUCUAAAGUGUAUAGUUAUAUAAAUGUAGUCAUAGAACAAAUUUCCAACUAUUAUUUUUCUUAAUUUUAUAAAAACUUCAUAAAUUCAUUUUUAUAGUUUAUAAUCUAGAUUAAUAUUGUCCAAUAUUUAUCUAAUAUAAAUUAUUCAUUUUGAGUAUAAAUAUUAUUAAUUUUUAAUUUCUAAAUAAAACCAGUAAAACUUCAAUUACAAAAUAUUAAAAUUAAAUUUUUAAUAAAAUCAAUAUUCAUCUAAGAAAUCUCUAGAACAGGAAUUUAAUCAUUCCAGAUUAUUUGUUUUUAAAUUAAUAUAUACUUUUUCUAAGUGAUAGAUUUUUGUAUUUAAAAAGAAAAAAUAAACUUUAUAAGUCUUAAAUGAUUAUAAUAAACUCUUGCAUAUCAAAUAUUAGUGCAAAAUUCUCAAUCCUGAUUCAUUAUUGUGCAUUUUUUAAUUUAUAUUUUGCAUAAGAAUAGAAGUUUAUAAAAUAAAUCCUGUUAUGAUAUAAAUUUUUUAAAAAUCUUAUUCUUUGUUUUUUUAUAUGUAUGUUUUACAGAGUGACCAGAAUGUACUGUACUUAAUAUUCUAGUUAUAAAUCUAUAUGCUAUACUUUUCUUCAUUUUCUGUAGAAGUUUUAAUUUUUUUCAUGUUUUUUUGUACAUUACUUUCAACCAGUGAUAAGAAAUAUAAUUUCUGAUUAUUACCUUUAGGACUUCAACUAACUUUUUGGAAACUGCAAUUUACUUAAAACAUUUUUUUGAAGAUUACUGUAAUCAUAAAAGUUCAACAUGUGUAAAUAUUGAUUACUUUUACCAUUGUGACACACCAUCCUGUUUAUAUUGAAUUCUUUACCACAUAUACAGUGAGGGAAUGAUCAUCCAAAUGAAAAACCUAAGCUCUUGUGCCACAAAAAUCCCAAAUCCAACCAACCAAUUUAAUGAAAGAAGAAAGACUACAUUAAAUGCAAAAUGCUUUCAUGUGUCCUGAUUCUUCCUAUACUAUGCUUCACAUCAUGUGUCAGGCAUAGUGUUAUCAUAUAUGGCCUUUUUCAUUAUGGAUGAUAGAUACAAUAGAUCAACCAGCAUGGGUAAAGGAUGGAGAACCAUAUUAUGGUUUUUACUAUCUAUCAAAAGAAUUGCAAAAUCUGGAUUCAAUAAUGCAGUAAUCUGAUACUUUAUUGUAUGAACAUCCAGCCUACUCUAUAAAUAUUAAUGCAAUUAGUGACUUAAGUUUGCAGAGAUUGUAAGUUCAAUCUUAUCCCAUGUUAAUCAUUUUUCUGUACAUCUCUAAAUUAAUAACAGUUAUUUUUUAUUUGCUCGAAUGAUAAAUAUUACAAAUCUGUUGAACAUGGAGAAAUGAACUUUGACAAAUUUAACAAUUUUUUAAAUGCAUUUCCAAAGUUUAAUUAAUUAAUUAUUGAUGAUGUAAUAUAUUUAAAUCAUUAGAAAUUCUUACUAUAUAAUUAUAUAAUUUUUAUUUUAUACAUUUCAUUUUCUAGCAUAUGUGAUUCCAAAACCUUGCUAUAACAACUAAAAUCCCUUAUAAGGAUGGAUCAAUUAAUAACCAGCUGAAAGCAACAGCGUGGAAUAUAUAAACAUUUUAUUUUAACAGUAAUUGCCCUCUGUUGUUCAGCCACUUAUCCCAGUGUGUGACACAAGCCUACUUAUAUACCUUGUUUAAAGAAUUUAGUGGGAUUUAGCAGAGUGAAUUAUAGACCAUAGCUUGCAUUUUGGCAUCCAAGAAAACUGCUGCCUUUAAGGGCUUUUUCAGUUCUCCAAAAACAUGAAAAUUGUAGGUAAACAGUCUAGACUGUACGAUGAUGUUUAAGCACCUCUGGCUCUGUGAGGACAUCCUUUGUCAUGAAGCAUGCCCUCACAGAGCCAGAAAGAUGAUCUAUUUAUGAGUUGGAAAACUCAUAAAUAGGUUGCCUGCAUUGAAUUUGCAUUUUUAAUGUGUGCAAGGUAUUGCUGCAGUAACUCAAGAGGGAGAUGCUCUAAUGAUUGAAAAGAGAGUAAGCAUCAUCUUCCCUGCUGAUGUUUGUAGGACAUUGUUUUUGCUGAGUAGUAGCAACAAUGAAUGUUUUCACACAUACUAGAAUGCUUCAUUUUUGAAUUGUAAUGGAAACACCAUGUGACCUCCUAUCAUGUGAUGUAAAAAAAUGAACCUUGCAAAGUAAAAUGUGUGAAAUGCUCCAGUGACAAAUCCAUCCAGAGUUUGGUCUGUUCUUUGUUGAGAGAAUGCGGUACCUGCUGUGCACACACUUUCCUGAAAUGCAAAUGUUCAUGCAUAGUAAUAAAAUCAGUUUACUGCAGUUGCAAUGUCAUUAUCCUGUUACAAACACAACAUCUUCCACCAUUUGCAUAUUUUGUGGUGUGGCUGCAUGUUGCAGAUGUCCUAAUUGUUGCUUGUCAGUCUUUCCCAAAAGUUUUUUGUCUAUAUCUUAACCUGGGCAAGUCUUAGGAUGUAUGUACCAUACACUUGCUGUAUUCACCAAUGAAUUGCAGUGGUCCCACAACCUUCUGCAACUAACAACCUGAUUACAUCUUAUUGCUAAAUUCUGGAUGCUUCCAUUUUCCACCAUGAUCAUGUAAACAAAUCAUUGAAGCUAUUUGAUUGAUUAAGGCCACCUUACAUAAGGAUGCACUGUAUAUUCACAUGCAAAUUUUUUGCUUUGUGCGACUCUUAUUGGCCAGUUAUUUAUUGAUCCACCAUUAUAACUCAACAUUGUGGAUUACUAAUUACAUGUUUCCCAUGUCUCUCUAAAGCACUACAGACUGUUAGAAACUUAAAUGUAGACUGGUAUUAACACUUGCAUCUUUUUAGAAACCAUUGCUUGUAAAAAAAAAAGGUUGAAUAUAAGUAAAAAGAGACAGAAUA